AUGGGUGCCGACGGUGGUUCCAUUCCCGACAGGAGAGAUCUUGUCAAGACCAAAGGCAAAACUGAGCAGCUCGACAAAGCGGCUAUCAGGGAGCUCUUCCUUUUCUGCGCGCUAAGCAGGAAACCCUUGACUAAACCCGUAGUCAUCGACCCUAUUGGAAAGAUCUACAACAAGGAUGACCUCAUAGAGUACUUUCUCGAUAAGUCCAAGUACGGCGAUGGUGAUCAGAUCUGUGGUCAUUUGAAGGGUGUCAAGGAUCUUAUCACCCUCAAUCUCACGUCUAACCCCGACUAUGUGCCCCCUUCUACAAAUGCCACCUCCACCAUCAACCGAGCUCCCUUCGCUUGUCCUCUCUCCCUCCGCGAAAUGGCAGGCUCAUUCCCCUUCGUCGCUCUUAGAUCUUGUGGCUGCGUCUUCUCCGACGCCGCGAUCAGAGCUGUUGUCCCGAACCUUACGAAAGGCGUGACAGCCCAGGCCGCCGAGAAGGACGAGCUGCCAGAGGAGGCUAGGCCUGUAGUCAACGCCGAAGAGAAGAGCAAACAGGAGGUGGCUUGCCCCAACUGCAACAAGGCCUUCGACCCUACGAGCGUAUCAGCCAUCAUUCCUAUCAAUCCGCCCAAAGAGGUGCAAGAGGUGCUCCUUGAAAAUCUGGUCCUUGCUCGGGCGGCAGCCAAGUCUUCCAAAAAACGCAAAGCCGACAAGGUGGACAAGUCUUCCAAGGUUGACAAAUCUGUCGAUGGCGCUUCUUUAGCCACAGAUGCCCCCCCAAUGAAAACCGCCCGCACGUCCUCGUCCUCUCCGGCACCUCGAGCUGUUCCCUCAGUCAGUCAGCCGCCGUCCGUGGCGAGGUCCGUCCAGGAGAAGCUGCUGGAGCAGGAGCGAAAGAGGCUGCAAGCACAGCAGGGAAUGAGCGAUGCAGUCAAGUCCAUGUUCAAGUCGAAGAAGGACGAAGGGGAGAAGAGAAGUGGGAUGGAAGACUUCUUCGGGAGGACUUUCACUAGAUAUGCUGCUUAG